GGAAGCCGUCCGAGCUACCCGGCGCUGGUUUCGAACGCUGCCACCGCCACGCCGUCAUGCAAUCCUGGGCGCUUGCUCUGUGCCUCGCCGUCGCCGCGUCGGCUGAGUCUACGGAAGUUGAUGGCGUAUCCUGCAACGAAACCAUGACGCAGCAGCUGAAAGAGAUUAACCAACGAAUUGGAUCGCUUCUCCCGGACCCGUGGCUUCUGCCGGCACAGUCCAGUGGUGGACGCAAAGGAAAAGGUUCUCUCCUUGGAUGGGGCUUGGUGUCCGGGCUAUCCUGGACACGGGCGCAACUCCCACUCGACAGUUGCGAAUCCCGGCUGCUCCUUAAAGUUCCUCUACAGGGCUUGGCUCGGUUGGCGCUGCCCUUCGCUUCGACACCACUGUAUUUCCAGGGUGCUGCUACUGCUACAGCAAACCUUACGUGGCCCGGACCCCGUGUGACAGGACUGGCCGUGGACGAAGUAAGACUGACGGACUUGGCCCUUAAAAAACCGGGCAAGGAAGGAGACCGUGCAGCUGAUUUUCUCCUACAGGUGACCAGCCGAGUAGUGGACCGCAGCAUCCGCGAACAGCUGCCUCGACUCUUGCUGGUGGCUCUGGCGCCCCAGUCAUCGCUGGUGCUGGAACGACGCUUGUUGGUGUACUGAGCGCAUAAGUUGUGUGUGCCAGCAUCUCGGCAUUGGUGUCUGUGAUGGUCGUGAUAUGCACUGGGUUCAUCCGGGGAACACAAGGCUCUGUCAUCGCUGUUUGGUGUGGGAUUGUGCAUUGUGGUUACCUUACUGCAUCAGCUUGCUCUGUUAUCAUUUUAAGGCAAUAAAGGGGCACGCAAGACCGAUAAACUAUUGAAAAAUUUAUAUCCAGGAACACACAAAAUAGGGGAAAAUAGAAAUUUUACUAUUGGUGAAAUCAUUGUUCUUUGUAAAUUCAGAAGUAAGCUCACAGAGCGUAAGCUGAGAGGAGAAGUAGAAGAUCACGUCAUUGCCAUGUUGCCCGUCGACUAGCAUUAAGAAUGAGCAGAUGGAAGUGCAACGGGCAGGUUGAGAAAGAAGCCACCGCAAAACAUAAUCUACGUCUACGUAAAAAUCUUUCACGGAAUCCAUAAGCACACCGCACAUAAUUUCAGCAAUAACUGUAAAAGCAAACGCUACCAAAUUUCUAUUAGCAUCCGCCUUAAUUAUUGGUGAUUCUUGCCAUUCACCCAGUCUUCACGUCAUUACUUAGUGUAAAGAAAUAUUGUCAUAAGUAUAGGACAAGUCUAGUGAUAAGUCUAGUGCUUGUGCCUCAAUUUCUUGCUGGUUAUCUCAAGUGUCAGGAAAGCAAGCACGAACUGUUAGCCUAAUCUCACCCUGUUGCCACUUCAUGCGUUCCGCAAUUCUUUAGACAACAUAUACUUCUAUGCUUAGGGCUAGUCAACUGAAAUUAAAAUAUGUCCCGUUCUUUCUCCGAUGUAUUUUGAACUGAAACAUGUUCAUUUUCUUUUUUUUAGAAUAAAGCACUCAUUGAAACCUCUUCAAAA